ACGAAAAAAACAAGCAAACCUCUGUUGAACAAUUUAGAUAAGAGUUAGGGCACAGAUGACAUAAAUAAAUACAGAAAACUCCAUAGCCAUACAGUUUCUAGGACUUAAACGAACAAAUUGAAGCCGAAGAAGAGGGCUCUUACUGUCUUAUCCAAACGAUGGAUCGGUACCAGAAGGUCGAGAAACCUAGAGCAGAGCAACCGAUUGAUGAGAAUGAGAUUCGUAUUACUAGCCAGGGGAGGAUGAGGAGCUAUAUCACAUAUGCUAUGACUUUGCUUCAGGAAAAAGGCUCAUCGGAGAUUGUGUUUAAAGCUAUGGGUAGAGCCAUCAACAAGACUGUUACAAUUGUGGAAUUAAUAAAGAGGCGAAUUGUUGGCCUUCAUCAAAUUACAUCCAUUGGAUCCACAGACAUAACCGACACAUGGGAACCCCUAGAGGAAGGAUUACUUCCCCUGGAGACCACAAGGCAUGUUUCAAUGAUAACUAUAACCCUUUCCAAGGCGGAGUUGAAUACGUCUUCUAUCGGGUAUCAACCGCCAUUGCCAGCUGACCAGGUGAAGGUGUCAACUGAAUUUGAAUACGAAGGAGACGGAUCACCGACUGCAAGGGGCAGGGGCCGUGGUGGAAGGGGAAGGGGAAGGUCUAGAGCUGCACCAGCAGGAAACGGUCAUGCACCAGAUGAGUAUGAUGACGGUGGCUGGGACGGGCCCGCUGGUUAUCCAAGGGGAAGAGGUCGUGGAAGAGGCCGCAGCUUCCGUGGACGUGGAAGAGGAAAUUACAAUAAUGCCCCUUAUAUGGAUAAUCAGCAAGAUACAGGAGGAUACAAUCAAGAAUCACCAAGGGGUAGGGGUCGUAAUUUUCGUGGCCGUGGAAGGGGAGGUUACAAUAAUGGCCCUUACAUUAAUAAUCAGCAAGAUGUUGGUGGGUAUAAUCAAGAAUCUCCCAGGGGUAGGGGCCGUAAUUUCCGUGGACGUGGAAGGGGAGGCUAUAAUAAUGACUCGUAUAUGGAUACUCAACAAGAUGCCGGAGGUUACAAUCAAGAGUUUCCCGUGCAAGGACGAGGGCGUGGUCGUGGGAGGGGAAGGGGAACACGAGGAAGGGGUAAUGGGUUCAGAUCAAACAGGCCGAACCAGGGUGCGGAAGGUGGUGAUUAGACAAAAAAACAGGUUUGAUGAUGAAUAUGAUAUUGAUGAAUGUUUGGUUGUCUGCUUGCUCGACUUUUAUGUUUUGUUUAAUUUUUGUGUUCCAGAUAAAUCGAUUUAGGAACAUCAGUUUGUACUAGAAGCGUAGACUAGCGGCUUUGAGUUUUGAUCGUUUUUACUGUUUAUUUUAUUAUUUCAAUUUUUAUUGUAAUUUUUGUUCUCAUAUUAGGUUUGUUUGUUGUGGUAUGUUUGCCAAUGUUGUUCAUGAACAUUUUUGUUAGUUCUUGUUUCAUUGGACAAA